AUGCUUGUGCUGCCUGAGGGCAUCUACCACCGUUUCACCCUGGACGAGAAUGACUACAUCACGGCGAUGCGGCUGUUUGUGGGGGCACCCGUCUGGACGCCCUUCAACCGCCCCCAGGAGGAGCACCCCUCGCGCACCAAGUACUUGCGGGACUUUGCGGGGGACGCGGCCGCCCCCGCCGUGGCGGCCGCUUGA